GAAACAUUUAGUAUUAGUUUCUGUUCUUGGUCGAGAAAAGAAAAAAAAAAAAGUAAGGGCGAAGAAAAAGGCCAAACAAGGCGUUACGCAGCCAGGCGUUGGUGGUGGUCGAGAUCCGGCGUCGUCGGGUUUCCUCCUCCUCCGAUGACAAUGAUGAAGAUAUCGAGCGGCGUGUUCGCUUCUGUCAUUGCCUUCUCCACCGCUGCUCUCUCUUCUUCCUCCACUCUCCCUCCAAUCUCCCCCAAGGGCUGGGAAUCGAGGAAGACGAUUGGUUCGGAGAAAUUGGAGCCGAAGUUUGAUGGGUUGAGGUUCAUAGAGACGCUGGUCACAGCACACAGAUAG